CAUGUCUUCCAAAAAGAACAGAAAGCGCCUGAACCGAAGCGCGGAAAAUGGUUCGCCUUCGCCCUCUUCUGCUUCCUCUCGUGCGGGGGCCCUUGCUCCUUCUGCUGGGCCAGGCUUCGCGGCGGCGACCUGGACUCUGGUGGUGACCAACUUCCUCGAAAAGGAUGACAAAGUUCCUAAAACAUUCCAGAAUUCCCUUGUUCAUUUUGCACUCAACACUAUGAAGUCUGCAAACAUAUGUAUAGGUCGACCUGUGCUGCUUACCAGUUUGGAUGGAAAGCAAGAGGUUUAUACAGCCUGGCCAGUGUCAGGAUUUCCUGGAGGCAAGGUUGGCUUGAGUGAAGUGGCACAGAAGAAUGUGGGCGUGAGGACUGGUGAUGCCAUCCAGGUCCAGCCUCUUGUGGGUGCUGUGUUACAGGCUGAGGAAAUGGACGUGGCACUGAGUGACAAAGACAUGGAAAUUAACGAAGGAGAACUAACUAAUUGUAUUCUGAGAAAACUAGAUGGCAGGAUUGUUUUACCAGGCAACUUUUUGUAUUGUACAUUCUACGGACGACCAUGCAAGUUGCAAGUGUUGCAAGUGAAAGGGGCUGAUGGCAUGACAUUGAGAAGGCCUCAGAGUGACUCUAACACUGAUGCCCAGGGAAUGGCCUCUGAACGGUCUAGCAUGGAAACCAGUAGCCUGGAUGUAUCCUUACGGCUAAGCCAGUUAGAUCUGGAAGAGCCCUGGAACCCAGCAUCAAGAAGUACUCCUUGUAAACCAGUAGAUGACAGAAUUAUAAAUAAAACCUGUGACAUUUUGUUGGAUGUUUCACAGAGCCCUGGGGAUGGCAGUGGACCUGUGCUAGAGGAAGUCACAGGUCUUAAAUGUAGUUUUGAGUCUGCCAGAGAAAGAAAUGAGCAACUUAUCAAUGAGGAGAGACUGCUAAAAUCCACCACCAUGGGAGCAAAGUGCAAUACUGAUACUUUUUAUUUUAUUUCUUCAACAACAAGAAUCAAUUUUACAAGUAUUCGUACAAAUUCAAAAGAGCAAGACAACCAGUUCAAAGUAACUUAUGACAUGAUAGGAGGCUUAAAUAGUCAGCUGAAAGCAAUUAGAGAAAUAAUUGAGUUGCCUCUGAAACAGCCUGAACUUUUCAAGAGUUAUGGAAUUCCUGCACCUAGAGGAGUGUUACUCUAUGGCCCUCCAGGUACUGGAAAGACAAUGAUUGCCAGGGCUGUUGCUAAUGAAGUUGGAGCCUAUGUUUCUGUAAUUAAUGGCCCUGAAAUUAUAAGCAAAUUCUAUGGCGAGACGGAGGCAAGGUUACGUCAGAUAUUUGCUGAAGCCACUCUACGGCACCCAUCAGUUAUUUUUAUUGAUGAGCUGGAUGCACUUUGCCCUAAAAGAGAAGGGGCUCAGAAUGAAGUGGAAAAAAGAGUUGUAGCUUCACUCUUAACACUCAUGGAUGGCAUUGGUUCAGAAGGAAGUGAAGGACAGGUGUUGGUCCUUGGGGCCACAAAUCGCCCUCAUGCUUUGGAUGCUGCACUCCGAAGACCUGGACGCUUUGAUAAAGAGAUUGAGAUUGGAGUUCCUAAUGCUCAGGAUCGGCUAGAUAUUCUCCAGAAACUGCUUCGAAGGAUACCCCAUUUGCUCACUGAAGCUGAAUUGCUGCAGCUGGCGAGUAGUGCUCAUGGAUAUGUUGGAGCAGACUUGAAAGCCUUGUGUAAUGAAGCUGGUCUCUGUGCCUUGCGAAGAGUCUUGAAGAAACAGCCUAAACUCCCUGAUAGCAAGGUGGCUGGGUUGGUGAAGAUUACUCUGAAUGAUUUCUUGAAGGGAAUGAAUAACAUCAGACCCAGUGCCAUGAGGGAAGUAGCAGUUGAUGUCCCAAAUGUAUCCUGGUCAGAUAUAGGAGGACUGGAAAAUAUCAAACUGAAAUUGAAACAGGCUGUGGAAUGGCCCUUGAAACAUCCAGAGUCUUUCAUCCGAAUGGGUAUUCAGCCACCUAAAGGAGUUCUCCUGUAUGGGCCACCUGGAUGCUCUAAAACAAUGAUAGCAAAGGCUUUGGCUAAUGAGAGUGGACUGAAUUUUCUAGCUGUAAAGGUAGGAUGUUAAAUUUUUAGUGACUACUCUCUCUCCUGGCCUUCCCCAGCCCCAUCCUCUGACUCCUACCUACCUUUAGGAGAACACAUAAAGGAAUCUUCAGGAA